UGGUUGCCAUGGAAACUACCCGCGCGCCAAACAGCAGGAUUAUAAUGAUGUUAGAAAGACUUCCAAACUAAGCGAAACGGAGAUCCAAAGCAACAGAAAUAGUGGGUUCGCUACACUUUCUUCCUCCCUGUCUUCGCAGUAAAUCGUCUUCCUUGUCUCCACGGAGCUACUGACAGACAAGCAAACGCAGUAGCUACGUUUUCUAAAUAACGCGCAGCACGUAGCCACCACUCCUGACUACUCGGGGAUGGCUCAGCAGCUGAAGAUUCCCUGGCAGUACGCCGGCUACGGAGGACCUCAGCAGCGUGUCUACCAACCGCCGUCUCUCCCGCUCGGAGCCGGACGGCGCGGCGGGGGAGAAGGAAAACCCGGAGCCCCACCUAAACUGUCUCCUCGCUCUCCCGGCGCGGCUCUCGCCACUAGCGGGAAGCGACUCAGACCUCCUGCCACUGCGACGGACAGUAGGUCAAAGGAAGAGUCGUCACAGAGAAAGACGGGUAGCCAAGGGCUGUCUAGUACGCCUCACGCCCCGAGGAAGAAGAGGUCCGUUCUGGAGCUCCUGCCUGGUGGAGUAGGAGGCAGUCUCCUGCUGCCGUCUACACAUCAACUGCUGCAGAAACACUCCUACAUUGACUCAGGGAAGCUAAAGACAGUACCACUGAAGGAGAGUAAUGUGGAGAGGAAGAGAGAGGGAGAGAAAGGAGGAGGGAGAGGAAAAGAGAGAAAGGAACAAAGGAAGGAGAUACAGAAACCGGUACUCACCAAGAAACAGGCCUGGAAGGAAGGUCACAAGAAAACAGGGGAUAAACAGGUCAAACAAGUUCAGCCAUACAGGAGAACAGUCACUACCACUCUACCUGAAGGGGUUCCACUCUUGGAUCUCAGUAGACUGAAUGAACCAGAUCACCAGAUGAAACCUGUGGAUUUGAUCGAUAUUGAAGACAGUGAUAGUACUGAUGGAGCAGAUACCAAUAGAUCCUUUAUGAGCUGGGGUGUACCUUGUAGCCAGUCUCUGGAACUUACAAAUGAAGAGAAGGAAGGAAAAGAAGGAGAGGAGAGAGGGAGAGAGGAAGAUGAGAAAGAUGUCAGUUUUGAAGAGCAAGUGAUGGAGAUUGAAGACGAAACCAGUGAAGUAGGAGAGAGACUCAUGGAUGCGACACAAGCCAAGUUUGUAGAGGACAAGAUACUGUCCCACGAGAGAGCAAUUUCCAGUCUCUCUCCCCACCCUCCCCCUCCUCUUCCCACACAACAACAAGACCACGCCCCUCAGAAAGUGGGCGGGGCUCUCCAGAGCAACGUGACCUUUGGACUCGGGAUGUCGGAGACCGGACUGGUUCAGAGACUCCAGUUCGAGGCUCGUGUUCUGACCCAUAAUGGCAGGGACAUGCACAGAGAGCUCUGUGGGUUCUUCUUCCUCUCUGACGGCUCCAUCACCGUCUAUGAGUUCAGGAGGUUUGGGAAGAAGUCUUCAGCACUGCCUCUGGUACAACGAAAGGUGUACUGUCACCAGGUUGGACACAGAAGGGGAGAACCCUACCAGAUUAACUUCAUUAGAAAGGGUUUCACCCUUCAUUUCCCGACCUCCCUCCUCCCCUCCCUCCCCGACUACAUGGCCUCCAGACCUCUCCUCUCUCUCAGAAUAACUAGAUGCAGUGAGAGAGAGAAACGACAGCUGAUCCGCUGGAGUGUGUGUCUAUAGACACGUUCCUCAAGAACCCUCUCUCACCUCCUGAGCAGCAGGCCUGGGCACAGCUGAGGAGACUACAAGCUGCAGUUCGUGAACAGCUAGUUGGGAGAGCAAGGAAGGCUCUGGUUGGUCUGGGGAGACACAUCUCCAAACAGUGUUCCCUCUCAGUGGGGAAGGAGUUAAUGAAGACAGCAGUCCACAUGUUCCAUAUCUAUAUUAGCAGUCAGGAUUUCAGCACAUUCUGGCAGCUGCUGACGAGUCUGGGUGAGUUCGGUGAGGGUGGUGAGGGGGAGGAGGUGAGGAGAGACAGGCUCAUUGCUGGACUGGUGGGGGAGAUGAACGAAGACAGAAAAUUAAUCGUUAGAAAAGUAUUCCAGAAACUCGACACAGCUAAAGAUGGGCUGGUGACUCGGACCAGCAUACAACGCUUCUACAGACAAGACAGCCGCGAAAUGGAGGGGGUGUGGUUUGACCACGCCCACAGAACGUCUCUACAUUCUCCCAUCACGAGCAUCAACUAUGCCGUAAGCUCAUAAUUUUUGACUUCCUUUGUAAAAAUAUUUCGGCUGUGAAAAUUUUUUGAUGCAGGAUUUUGAGAACUACUACGAGGGAGUUAGUAUUGAAACUGAAGCAGACUCAGACUUCAUUUCAGACCUCCGGACUUGCUGGGCCCUAUGACAUCACUAUGACAUCAUUAUUAUACACAUUGUACCACCACCAACCUGAUCAGUUACACACACACACACACA